ACUUGAGUGCCAGACUUGAGACUUGAGUGCCAGACUUGAGUGCCUAAGUGUGAAAUUCGUGCAACUUCAACUUGAGAGGCAAAUUUGAAUUCAAAUUAGGUUCUGACCUUUAGAGAGAGAGGCUGGACAAGUGGGGAUUAAAAUAACAUGUUGGAGAGAAGAGAGAUGGCUGUUAGGAGCUGUCACUAUCACAUUGGAAGCUCUCCUGCAUCUCAGCCAUCCAAUUCAAAUUAAUUCAGAUCCUCCCAUCCCAACCAUUCAUUUUGAAUCCAGAUCUAUCUCUCUUUGUCUUUUUCUUCUCAUUUGUCUAGUGUGUGUGUUGGCUAUAAAGAGCCCUCAUUGUAAUCAAUUAUAAUCUAAGCUGAAAGAGGGGAGUUCCCCUUUCUUCUUCACCAUUCUCUUCUCUCUUGGCUACUGUCAAUCUCUAUAAUCUCUUGAUACUCAUACUCUCUUAUUCUCAACUUAAUUUACUCUUCAUCACUUAUCUCUCUGUUCCUCAUUAUCUUUUACUCUCAUAUUAAUCAUCUUUUCUUACAUGGUAUCAGAGCUUUAAGCUCCUGAACCUCACAAAAGCUUCCGCAAAUCUAAUUCAUUCUCCGUUCAUCUUCAUCUGAGUCUGGUACAACCUUUUGUCCAGCGGUCCAAAGGUUUUCCAAGAAGGAAGAACCCACAACCAGCUCUAAGGCAAGGUGUAUACAAGUCUUUAAGCCUCAAGAACCUAGUUCAUGUCUCAAGAUACUUAAGUUGUGUUUGUUGAUUCUAUUUUUAAAUUAUUUUUAAGUUUACCAGCAUGGUUAUGACUAGUUAUUUUUUUAGGUCAAUUGUUUGAGUUGUGUAAGGUCUAGGCGAGUUGUCUAGAACCUGUUUUGUGUCUUGUUGCAUUGCUAGAAGUCUAGGAGAGUUUUCUGGUCUUGUAAUGCAACUAUAUGAUGUUUCUAGUCUUGUUUGCAUCCAUAUGUUGUUUCUGGUCCUGUGAUGCAUUCAUGAACUGCUUGGGAUGAUUAGAUGAGUUAUCUAGUCCAUGUUUUGACAUUUAAUUAAUCAUGUUGUUACUUAAAUGGUCAUUAAAAAUAGCCUAAAUGCCUUGUAAUUGAUGAGUUAUCAUACCUGAGCAUUUAGUGAAUAGUUUGCAUGGAUUUGAACUGAAUGAGUUGUCUAGAUUCUAUCUAUUGCAUUUCCUUAAAACAUUGGGAUAGGGAUUGGUGAGUUACCAAGGUCUGAUCCUAGUGUGUGUGGUCUGAUUCUUGUUGGAGUUUGAGUGAUCUUUCAGGUAUACAAGUGUUGUUCUCUGUCCAUCAUCAAAUCAAGAUAAAGACGAAGACUUUUCCCAUGAUAUUCAGAGCCUACACAUGUGUACAUUCCUGUAUGAUCCAGAGCCUACACAGUGUGUAUAUUCCUGACCAUGGAGAGAUUGUUUGUGUGAGGAGUCCAGAUGGUAAUAAGUCGUGGCUGAGAUAGAAUAUGGCUGAGCUUUGAAGAUACUUCAGGAAGGAGUAUUGAUGGAGAGGCAAGCCAGUGUUUGAUCAGCCAUCCACCAGGCUGAAUCUCCUCAUGAAUUGCAAGAACCAGUUGACUUAAGCACAGACCGUUUGGUUGUUGAGCUCCUGGUUCAAAAGACUUACAAGAGGCAGGGAGAAGAGAUCAAGGGAGGAACCAGUUAGCUUAAGCGCAGCUGGUAGGGUGAUGCGCUCCUGGUUUCAAGACACAGUGUUGCUCACUUCCAAGCUUGGUCCUUCACUCAUUUUCUCCGGAUCAAGCUUGAGGAGGGGUAAUGGUGAGCAAUCCUGAAGGUCCAAGUCAUUUGUUGCCUCAGUUACCUCUAAAGGCAUUGGAGCAGAGACCAAGGGUGGAUCAGUUGGCUUAAGCGCAGGUGUUGGUACUGUUGUGCUCCUGGUUUAGGUUCAGUAUUGCUCACUUUCCAAGCUUGGUCCUUCACUUAUACUCUCCGGGUCAAGCUUGAGGAGGGGUAAUGGUGAGCAUCAUUCCUGAAGGUUCAAGUCGUCCAUUGCCUCACCAGAGAUCAGAAGUGGAGUUGAAGUGGAGUUCACCAGCCAUCUAGAACCCACUACAAAGAAACAUCAACAUGGACAGCAACAACUUGGUGUUAGAACAGAUGGCCAUCAUAGACUACUUGAUAAGAAAAUCAGGUGGAGCUGAGUGGAAUGCUAUGGAUCAGCCCAAGGCGUGGAGUUAGAACAGUUACCUUCUGGUUGGGAAGCUAUGGAUCAGCUACUAUAUAGAGUUAGAGCAGUUACCUUCGGUUGGAACAAUACCUUUUGGUUGGAAGCUAUGGAUCAGCUACUAUAUGGAGUUAGAACAGAUACCUUCAGUUGGGAAGCUUUGAAUCAGCCCAUAGCAUGUGUGCUUGUACCUAGUUGAUGAAGUUUAAGGAAGCCAGCAAAUGGUGAUUUACAAUCUAGCCACAUAUAUGCAAGGACACAAGGAGUAUUCAACUAGGGAUUUUCUUGGCUGAGCAAUCACAUGAUGUUGGUAGAUCAUGGAGUUGCAACGUCCCCCUACAUGUUGAAAGCUUCAAGAGUGACAAUGCACAGACUGGUUGAGAAGCAGCUGGUGUGAGGGAUUCAAGUGUUCAGUACUCCUCACCAGCAUUCCAGAAAUGUUUACAAGGUACCUAUUGAGCUCAUGAGAAAAGGCAGGAUGGGAUUCAACCCUAAAUGGAAGCAAGAAGCUAGAAGAAAGGGGGAGACAAGCUCUGGUCAUAAGAAGAAGCUCAAAGGUUGUUUUAAGUGUGAAGCAAGGAAGGCAUUGGAGUCUACUUGCCAUUGAAGUAAGGCCAUGAUCCAGAGUUUAUGAGUCCCUCAACAUCAUCAUAAGGCUCAUAAACUCACUGGCCAAUCCCUAGGCUGAGAGGCGUGUACUCUUUUCGUAAGUGUGGUUUUAUCCCAAAGGGUUUUCUAUGCUUAGGUUUUUAAUGAGGCAAGUACUCUCAGUUCCAAGCUUGCCCAAGGAUCUCCUAUGGUCAAGCUUGAGGGGGAGUGUUGACAUGAAGCAGAAUGAAGCUGCUAGAUUUGAGAAUUAAGCUGUCAGACUUGAGAAGGAAGCUGCCAAACUUGAGAUGUAAGCUGCCAGACUUGAGACUUGAGUGCCAGACUUGAGACUUGAGUGCCUAAGUGUGAAAUUCGUGCAACUUCAACUUGAGAGGCAAAUUUGAAUUCAAAUUAGGUUCUGACCUUUGGAGAGAGAGGCUGGACAAGUGGGGAUUAAAAUAACAUGUUGGAAAGAAGAGUGAUGGCUGUUAGGAGCUGUCACUAUCACAUUGGAAGCUCUCCUGCAUCUCAGCCAUCCAAUUCAAAUUAAUUCAGAUCCUCCCAUCCCAACCAUUCAUUUUGAAUCCAGAUCUAUCUCUCUUUGUCUUCUUCCUCUCAUUUGUCUAGUGUGUGUGUUGGCUAUAAAGAGCUUUCAUUGUAAUCAAUUAUAAUCUAAGCUGAAAGAAGAGAGUUCCUCUUUCUUCUUCACCAUUCUCUUCUCUCUUGGUUACUGUCAAUCUCUAUAAUCUCUUGAUACUCAUACUCUCUUAUUCUCAAUUUAAUUUACUUAAUUUACUCUUCAUCACUUAUCUCUCUGUUUACUCUGUUACUCAUGCCUCCAUUUUCCCAGUGACUCAUGCUACUGUUGAAGACAAAAAAGUUUUCAGCUCAUCAAGAUUUUCUUUUUGCAAACAAUAUAUGUUUUAUAUAGAAUAAAUCCUCAUCUCCUUUCAUUCGUAUUUUAGGAAUCCACAGGAAAGACUUUUGAAGACAAAAAGGUUUUCAGCUCUCCACACAAAAUUUACAAUUAUAUAUGUUUGGUGUAUUAUGUUUUGUAUUAUUGGGUGAUGACAAUUUAAGUGUCUCAAUGCAGGAGGAAUAUGGUUCUGCUGAAUACGUCAAAAAAAACCGACUUUCUGGUUAGUCUACUACUAUAGGAGUAUUUUCUGUAGUUUGAGUUCCGAGAGUUGUGCAUCGAUGAGUGUAAAAGUGAUUGAAGCUUAUAAAUUAUGUUCUUUCUCUGCAGACACGUUUAGGAAAAGGAUUGAACCUAUUAAAGAAAAAGUUCCGAAACAUGUCCUAGAAGUCAUAGAAGAAGAGCUUGCGAACCUUGAUAGGAAAGAAGCCGAUUAUGGUAGCACCAAUCGUAUCUAUAGCUACCUUGAUUGGCUGACUGCGUUGCCUUGGGGAAAAUGCAGUGAUGAGAACUUUGAUGUCCUACGGGCAGAAAAGAUUCUUGACGAGGAUCACUACGGAUUACGGAAGAUCAUUUGUCUCUCUGGCCCUCCUGGGGUAGGAAAAACUAGUAUUGCUCGUUCUGUCGCACGUGCUCUUGGCCGCAAGUUCUUUCGGCUAGCUGUUGGAGGACUAUCUGAUAGUUCCGAGAUCAAGGUAUACAUACUACUGCAUGACAAAAAUAGCUGGAGAAAGAUAUCCCACAUAGCAAACUUCUGACUAAAUAAUAUAUAAGAAAUUUGGGCCAAUUCACUUAUAUAAUUACUUGUCUUUUCUUAAGUUUUCGAUAUGAGUCUUUUCUCCAACAAAAAAAAACACUAGAGAAGUGACAUAUUUUAUAACUUAAGUCAUCAUCUAAAAUGUGUUCACUUAUAGGGGGACCGUAGAGUAUACAUUGCUGCCACGCCCGGAAAGAUGGUGCAAUGUCUAAAGAAAGUUGGAACAGAGAAUGCUCGAUGAGAUUGAUAAGGUAAUUAAGCUAGGAUGAGUUGUUAGUGUUUUUGAAUUGAAUUGGUCUUUAGAGAUUAUUUGCAACGAUUGUCACUUGGUUCACUGGCAGCUUGGAAAGAGUCGUAGAGAUCCAGAGGGUGCGUUCUUGGAGCUUCUUGACCCAGAGCAAAAUGCACAUUUUCUAGAUCACUUUCUUGAUGUUCCUAUCGACUUAUCAAAGGUACUCUCUUUUUCUUAUUCACCUUUUUGUUUUUGAACUUUCAUUCUAAUCAAAAAUUUUGGUUGUAGGUUUUGUUUGUAUGCACAGCAAACAAUAUAGAUAGGCUUCCAGGUCCUCUACUAGACAGGAUGGAGGUUAUAGAACUCGCAGGGUACACUGCCGAUGAGAAAUUGUUUUGGUUUACUAACAAAUUGCUCUCAAACUUGUACGCCAACAAGCAUCCGCCAAAGCGGCUAUGGUCGAUUUAGACUCCUCGGAAACCGCUGCAGAAGGAUCCAUUGAGUUAAAAAAUGAAUAUUUGCGAUUGGCUGAUGUUCUUAAGGUAUUCGAACACGCAGUUGAUGGGGGUUCGACGAGAGUGGAGAGCAGAGAGGUAGCUGAGAAGUUUACUGUUGACGAAUCAAACCUUUCAGAUUAUGUAGGUAAACAAGUUUUCGAAGGAGAGAAGCUGUAUGAACAGACGCCAGUCGGGGUGGUAAUGGGUCUAUCUUGGACAUCCAUGGGCGGCUCAACGUUCUACAAUGAAACAACCUUCGUAUAAGAAGGCAAAGGUGGUCUUCACAUAACGGGUCACCUUGGGAGAGUGAUGAAAGAAAGUGCAGAGAUAGCUCACACAGUUGCCGGAAGAAUAAUGUUUGAGAAAGAACCAAAAGACGGUCUUUGCGAAUUCUAAGCUUCAUUUACAUGUUCCUGAAGGAGCCACACCAAAAGACGGUCCUAGCGCAGGCUGCACAAUGAUCACUUCCUUGCUCUCACUUGCCAUGAAGAAGCCUAUAAGAAAGGAUCUUGCAAUGACCGGAGAGGUCACUCUGACCGGUAGGAUUCUUCCAAUUGGCGGCGUAAGUAAACAACCAACACACUAGAAUUACUUUGUUGUUUUUUUUAAGCUACCAGUUUCUGUUAAGUGAAUUUUAAUAUACUAAACAUCUAUAUUUCUCAGCUUAAGGAAAAGACUAUGGCUGCAAGGCGGAGCCAAGUGAAGGUGAUAAUAUUCCCCGAGGCUAACCGGAGAGAUUUUGAGGGUCUUGAGGAAAGUGUUAAAGAACGGCUCGAUGUUCAUUUUGUCGAUGAAUAUGAGCAGAUCUUCGAGCUAGCCUUUGGCGAUGACCAUUAGAAGACAGUUCCACAAAUCACUUUCACUUGGGAUCUUCCUCUUUUGUUGUUUUUACUAUCUAUACUAUUGAUAUGUAAUUCUAUAGGCUGAUCUUCUAACGUUUCUUAAAAAAAUUUCACCAUUAUUAUGUAUUUAUAAUUUAUACAACAGGAUGAACUUUGUUUUGUUUUCUGUUUUUAUGUAAAAUCUGAAACAUAAUUGAAUUAAUUAUGAUUCGAUCAGAUUCAGGUUUAAACCCAAAAAUCCAAAAAAACCGAAAACCCAAAGUAAACCAAAAAAAAAACAAAUAACAAACCAAACUACAAGAAGAGACUUGCAUAGCUAGAACAUCUUUAGCUAUUGAAGCUAAUAUACGAUACUUUGAACUGUUGAUCCUCCACCAUCUUAAAACAUCUUAAACAAUUCCAAGAAGAUUGGGUUUGACCGUUUGAGAUUUUAAGCUUUCUCCUUCAAGUAUAACAGGAACUAGUUCAGUCCUUGCAUCCUCAAAUCCUAACUAAUAAAACCAGGAUUUGUGGUCUGGUGGUGAUUAACUUGAGGGCAAAAGCCCAAUACGGUAAACCACCAGAGUUCGAGUCCCGGCCACUGAGGAAUUAACAUUUCGGCAUCACCAAGGACAUGGAACCGACACGUGGUAACAUGUGACUAGU